GGAUCAUAUAACCAAAGAAAAUAAUACGCCGGCAUAGGGGUAGGAUUGUCUUACUAUAUUUUGUUGGAACCGCUGAGAUUUGAGACUUUAAAGAAUUGAAGGAAGCUUUGCACAUUUGAGAGCUCCAUGUCGAUGGACGGAGUCGUCGCCUUCCCCUUUCAUUAUUCGCCAUCACCAUCUCGCUUCUCUUCUUCUCGUUCUCAAAUAAAAUAGCGAGGCAUUCUCUAGCCUCUCUCAGAUCCACCUCUCUUCCCCAUCUCCCGAAGCCUUAACCCUGGUCCCAAUUCUCCACAUCACCCCCUUCUCUCUCUCCGAGUUCCAAGAACCGAUCGGAUCGGUCGGGAUCCAUCCGAGGAUCGACGAUCCCUCUGCGUCGAUCUCCGCAUCUCGGCGUAGGUCCGCCGAUCUCCUCGCCGUCACUCGCCGGAUCCCCGCAGGAGGAGCAGCGACCGAGAAGAAGCGGAGGAGAUGAGCUCAAAGGCGGCCUUGUCGACGGCGCUGGCGAACGGCCGGUUCUUCACCGUCGGGCUCGUCGCUUCAUGGUACUCCUCCAACAUCGGGGUGCUCCUCCUCAACAAGUACCUGCUGAGCAACUACGGGUUCAAGUACCCCAUCUUCCUCACCAUGUGCCACAUGACGGCCUGCUCCCUCCUGAGCUACGCCGCCAUCGCGUGGCUCAAGCUCGUGCCGAUGCAGUCCGUCCGGUCCCGCGUCCAGUUCCUCAAGAUCUCCGCACUCAGCCUCGUGUUCUGCGCGUCGGUGGUCAGCGGGAACAUCUCGCUCCGCUACCUCCCCGUCUCGUUCAACCAGGCCGUUGGCGCCACCACACCCUUCUUCACCGCCGUGUUUGCUUACCUCAUGACUCUCCGGCGGGAGUCGUGGAUCACGUACAUCACCCUCAUACCUGUCGUCACUGGUGUUAUUAUUGCCAGCGGGGGGGAGCCAAGUUUUCAUUUGUUUGGUUUUAUUAUGUGCAUUGGUGCCACCGCUGCUAGGGCACUUAAGUCAGUGUUGCAAGGAAUUUUGAUGGCUUCUGAAGGGGAAAAGCUUAACUCUAUGAAUCUCCUCCUAUAUAUGGCUCCAAUAGCAGUAAUUUUUCUCCUUCCUGCAACAAUUAUAAUGGAGGAGAAUGUGGUUGGAAUAACACUGGCACUUGCUAGAGAAGACUUCAAGAUUAUUUGGUACCUCCUGUUUAAUUCUUCGUUGGCAUAUUUUGUGAACCUGACCAAUUUCCUGGUCACAAAACAUACCAGUGCUUUGACCCUUCAGGUUCUUGGAAAUGCGAAAGGGGCAGUGGCUGUCGUCAUCUCAAUUAUGAUAUUCAGGAACCCAGUGUCCUUUACAGGGAUGGCUGGCUACACGCUUACAAUCAUUGGUGUCGUCCUUUACAGUGAAUCUAAAAAGCGCAACAAAUAAGGUGUUUCGAGGGGGCAGGACGAUAGUUGUGCUCCUCAUGAUCCGGUGGCAAAUGCCUUCAUUGGGGUUGGGAUGUUACCCCACCCUGUUCUUUUACUGUAAACCUCGAUGGAUCCUCCUCCUCUGUAUCAGUAUAGUGAUAGAGGAUGAGCAUGUUUGCAAUAAGUAUAGAUGGCGUUUAUGCCUUCACAAAAAAAGGUAUAUAGGAAGCAAUCUUUGCCCCUUUUGUUUUCAAACAUAUUUAUAGGCAAAGGGUUCUAACUGUUUUUGUUUUAUAUUAAUGCAACAAUACAUUACUCAAAAUUAUGUGACAAUAGUUGUUUUUGCUGAA